AUGCUGAAAAAGACUAUCAUGGAUAGCUGGCUUCGUUCAGUCCAGUCCGAAGGCGCGCUACUUUGCUGCUUGCCAGACAGCGUGACAGUUCCUCCUAAAGGCGAUACAGAGUGUUGUGGACAAUCGCCGGAACUGUUGUCGGUCGUUGACCAGUCAUUCAGGUUAUUGAAAUCGAGCCUUUUGUUGGAUCCUCCUUAUUGUGUUGCUGGAAUCACUCGCAAAGUUGCUUCCUCAUCAAAACAGAAGACUCUUAAAGCGUUUUUUAAUCCGCUACCGUAUACGACGUGUUGUGAGCUAUUUUUUAUUCCCAACAUUAAGCUGUUUGGUCGAGCUUACGAUACGUGGUUCAAAAAGCGACUUCAGUGGUGGAUGCAAGUAUCGAUUAAGUACGGAUACAAUUUGGGCAAAACAAAAAUCAGUGAGGACAAGUUUGACGAUUCCAAAGUGUUCGAUGUGGAACUGGUGCAAAAACUGCGUGAAUUUCAUGUCAUGAACUCUAAACGUUCAAUUGUCCAUUGUUCGUUCGACGUCGAAAGCACUGUAGCUGCUCUUCUCGCGGAUUCUUUGCAGUUUGAUCUCAACAGCGAGAAGUUGAAUUCUGAAACAGCAACGUUUAAUCUUGACCCAUUCGUAGUUCCUUACAAAGUUGUGGUACUGGAAGUGAAAGGGACAGGCGAGUUCGACGCAGAGAUCCGAGAACUUUGUGAAAAGUUGUGCUACUCGUUUUUCAUAUCCGGUGUUUCGCAUGUGCGCUUUCAUUGUGACCUGCAAGACAGUGAUGCACCAAAAAUAUCAGAAAUUCAGCAACUGCCGCUGUGGCUUCAUUACCGACGUAUGGGCGUCACUCGAGGCGUUGUGGUCAGUCAUAAAACAGUCCAAACAGGAUUGGUCGACUUUCUUCAUCGCAACUUCGAUAGCUAUAGUUAUAUGGCGACGAGAGAUGACCUUGGCUCGCAGAAUCACGGAUCAAUGUCAUAUUCCGGCAGUGCUACGUCGUAUGGUCCAUUGACCCAUCGAUACUACGCCGAUGUGGACCACCGUCCAAAGAUUCGCAAUCGUUCAUACCACCGGAAACGGGUCGCAGCCCAGCAAAGACAAAUCCUAUAUGACUUUGUCAAAACGCAGUUUCAGCUUGCCCGAAGAGAUAUUAUUCUUCUUCAGGAUGUUUUCCUUGCCAUACAUCGUCAAAAUCACCAAGUGAUAAGAGCGAUGGUGCCGACUAAAGAGAAACUCAAAACGUUUUUGCAGUCGUUUGGGGACGAAUUUUCCUUUUGCUUAGUAGAUCGAUUUACGAAGGAGGCUGUCAGGUGGGAUACCAGCUCGAAUACGAGGAAACGAAAGCGAGCCUGCUCGAGCGAUGACAGCUCAGACUACGAUGACGCUUCGUCACAACCUGCGUACAAUUUGGCACUGGAGACGAAAACGGAGAUUAAGAUCCUGGUUGCAUUCCAAAAAGCAAACGCAAAUGAACUUACCCUAAAAGAACUGAUGCGUUAUUUGCAACCACCGUACGCAGAUUACCGUAUACUGACAUACAUGGGCAGUUCGAAACGCCGCGUACGAAAGUUUCUUGAAUUGCGAAGUCAUCUGCUUUUUGUGACAGAAGCCGAGAACGUAUACUUGCGAUCGAAAAGACACAUCAAGACUGUACUGGAGCUCAACAACAUACUGUGCAACAAAGGAACGCUGUGUGUCGAGGAUGCGUUGACGCAGUUUAACUCUACGUCGUCUAUUUCGUACAAUAUUCGGCGGUUUUUAGAUAUGAUUCGCAGUCAUCCGUGGCACUUUCAAGUGAACGAGGAUGACAAGAACGUGACAGUCAGCGCGUUCAGGGCGUUGCCUGCAUAUAAUGUCAUAUUCGUUCCUAUUGAAGGUCGAUCAGAUUCAGAAUGCAGCGACAUCGAAGGGGAAAAGACAGAGCAAUUGAAAAAAAGUGAUAACGGCUGUGAAAUGAAAAUGAAAGAUGAUGAAGAAGAUAACAAAGAAGAUAAUUAA